AAAAAUGAAAAUGAAAAAAAAUAUCCAAAAUCAAAUGCUGAUCGUCAAAGAGAAUUCCGUCAACGUAAUGUAAAAGAAAUUGCCCAAAAAAAAUUGGAUGAUUUACAAAUGAAAAGACAGAAAUUGGACAGUCAUAAAGACCAAGAGAAUGUCGUGCAAUACAGGGCUAUCGAAAAUGUAGAAAAUGUACAGCUUGGCCAAAAUCAAUUUCUCACCCAACAACUUCGUAUAUAUGAAGAGGUUCGCGAAUGCAUUACUCCCGAAGUCUUUCUCCGCAGAAAUACGGAGAUUCCAGGCGAUGGUAAUUGUCUAUUCCACUCACUCAUAUGGGUGCUGCAAAUGCAAAUUUCGACUAGUGAUUUGAGAAGACUGUUACGUGAGUCACCCUAUUUGAACUGUUGUCACAAUCCGGAGGAAGCAUAUAACAUACUCUCAAGUAACAAUGAUUAUGGAGAUUUGGAUUGUUUAUACUUAUUUUCGAAAAUGUACGAUCAAAAUAUUUGUGUGCAUUACCACUAUUUUAACGUAAUUACGAAAAAUGAAGACACUCGUUUUUGUCAAUUUAAAGCAAAUGAUACACAUAAUUGGAGUCAUCUUGAUCUUCGUGAUCUGCACUUUACGCCUUACUUUGAAGUACAAUAUUUAUUGGAGAACAACGAAGAUAUUCGCCGAAAUGAAGUCAAUGUUAAUGACAAUAUUCGACUAUUGCGUGACAAUUACAAUAAGGAUUUCACCGAAGACAAUCAUGAAAAUGAAUUGGCGGCUGAUAGAGAAGAUUGUAUUGAUCCAAAUGUUAUGGAUUUUAUUGUUGAUGGUACUAUUCCAAUUUACUCAAAUCAUCACAAGCACAGUAGAAGUCAUCUUGAUUUUAAUAAAGACUUUACGUAUAAUUCUUUUGGUCAUUCGUGUGUCAUUUGCGAUAGACUAUGGUGGCAAAGAGACUUGAAAAUGUCGACCAGUAAACAUGACAGUAUUUUGAAAACAAUACUACAGAAUUACACACCUGGUGUAACUGUUCAAGUCUGUUCCACGUGUUAUACCUCUUUGAACAAAAGAAAAAUUCCUCUCAUGUCAACCUACAAUGGUUUUGCAUAUCCGAAAAUUCCAUCACAUUUACCAACGUUAAAUCUUAUCGAGCAACGAUUGAUUUCACCAAGAAUACCAUUUAUGCAAAUACGUAGACUGAGGCACGUUAAUGGUCAGUACGGUAUUUUCGGUCAAAUAAUAAAUGUUCCUAUCGAAGUGAAUACAAUGGUGAAACAAUUACCAAGAAACAUUGAAGAUGAUCAUUGCUUUUAUGUGCAUUUGAAAAAGAAAUUAAUUCAUAAAACCAGUUAUGUCCACGGACUCAUUAAUAAGAGACAUAUUAAAGAGUGGUUGUCGUAUUUAGUAUCUACGCCUCUUUAUGUUUAUCAUGAUAUUAAAAUCGUUGAUUCAUUUAUGACUGAGAAUGAAAGUACUUCACAAUUAAUCAUGGAUGAGAUAAGUGAGCAUGUUCCUAUUGAAGAUAACUUAACAGCGCAGCAACAAACUCUUUUAUGGAAUGAUGAUUAUUUUUUAAGUAUAGCACCGGGUGAAUAUAAAAGGCCAAUCAGUAUUCUGAUGGAUGAACAUGCAGAAGAACUAUCUUUUCCAACAAUCUAUGGCGGUCAGUUUCGUACAUACAGGGAUGGUGUCACUGUUACUCCAUUCAUGCAAGCUACCAGUGAACUUCGGCGUAAUGAUAGACGUGCUACUGACCCACAACACCUUUUAUACCUCGCUGCUAAAAUCAUGAGGCUACGAGUUAGUCAAUGUGUCAGCGUUGCGUUUAAGCAUAUUGGCCAAGGUACUUCAAUUACGAAAGAGACUAUUCAAUCUGAAGGUUACAUAAAUAAUUGUUUAGAGACCAAUCUUGCAUUUCUUCGUUGUAUACCCAACUCUGCUUGGUUUUGGACAAAUCGGAAAAAAGAUCUUUUUGCAAUGAUCAGACAGUUAGGAGCACCGACUGCUUUUAUGACUCUAAGCGCUUAUGAAACUGGCUGGAAAGAUUUGUUGAAAUUAUUGUAUAAAUUGAAAAACGAAGGAGCGGAUAUUUCGGAUGAGUUUUUAGAAGAAAUGAGUUAUGUGCACAAAGCUCAACUUGUUAAUGAAGAUGCUGUAACUUGUGCUAUUUACUUUUAUAAAUUAGUGAAUUGUUUAAUGAAAGUUUUACAAUCGAAGAAAAGGAGUGCAUUCGGAAAACAUAAAGUAAUUCAUUAUUUCAUCAGAAUAGAAUUUCAGCACCGUGGUAGUCCGCACGCUCAUAUUCUUCUGUGGCUGGACAAUACUCCUGAAGAUUUAUUAAGCAAUGAUCCUGAAGUAAUUCAAUUAAUCGACGAAUUAGUUUCUGUGUCAGCAUCAGAGGCAUCCGGAAAUAUUAAACUAGUAACACACAAACACACAUUUACGUGUUACAAAAAAAUGGAUCCUAAUAAAAAGCAAGAAUGUAGAUUUGGCGCACCAUUUAUGCCAACAAAAAAAACUAUUACCUUGAUACCUAUGAAAGACACUGAUCCCGAUUUCUCUGAAGCACUUUUCAAAGAAUAUAAGAAACGUUUCAAAUCAAUAAAAAUGAAUCUCGAAAAUGUUGACUUUAAGGAUUUUGAUGACUUUUACUCGCAUAAUGAUAUUAUUUCUGAUGAUCAUUACUAUGAUAUUAUUCGUGCGGGUAUCAACAGACCAAAAUUAUUCUAUAAAAGAACCCCAACAGAAAAAUGGCAUAACACUUUCAACCCAUUUGUACUACAUCAUUUGAAAUCAAACAUGGAUUUUCAAAUUAUUCAAGAUGAAUAUGCUUGUGCAAAAUAUGUUGUUGAAUAUGUCAACAAGCAUAAUAGAGGGAUCAGUAAUUUACAAAGACAAAUAAUUGAUAUAUUGGAUGAGCAUCCAGAGUUUGACAUUGUUGAUAUUACAAAAAAAAUGAGUAUUGACAUACUUCAGUCUGUUGAAAUGCCGGCACAGGAGGCUGCUUGGUAUUUAUUACGCACACCUAUGGCUAAGUCAUCGGUAGUGACAGUCUAUAUUCCAACUAUAUUUCCUACUGAGCGUGCCAGAAUAAGAAAAACUAUGAAGGAACUUGAAACUUUGGAUGAUGAUUGUACGAACAUUUGGAAAGAGAAUUGGUUUGAUAAGUAUGAAAAACGACCUGAAGAACUCCGUGAUGUUACGUUAGCACAAUUUGUUGCAAACUAUUACAUCAAUAACAAGGGCAUCUACACAAAACGAGAUACUGCAAAAAUAAUAAGAUACAGGAACUACGAUAUGGCUGACAAUUACAACGAUUAUAGGUUUGAAAUGGUUUUGUUGCAUGUUCCUUUUCAGAGUGAAGAAAAUGAUAUUAUUGCAGAAAAUAAGUUCAUUCAAAUAUAUGACGAUAACAAAGAAAACAUUUUAGAACGUAGAAAAGAAUUCGAAUCUAAUUUGGACGUAGAAAAAACUCUGGAAAUUUGCAAAAAAUUAUGCAGAGAAACCGAUGAAGAACAAGAAUAUGAAGAUUUAUUAAGGGCUGUCGAAAUCUUGCAUGAAAGAGAUCCUUAUGAAUUAUUACUACGUGAUCCAAACUCAACUGCUAACGUUGAUUUACAAAAUGCUACUCUGCAUAAACUUGGUGCUAUUGCAAAAAAAAGAGAGAAUUUAAUGGAUUACAAACAAUUCUAUGACUUAAUGAGAAUGGCUAAUGAUCAACAAAGAGAUUUGCUUAUGACUAUAAUCCAUCACUUACAAACUUCAAUUCAAGAACCAUUUCAAAUUUUUUUUACCGGACCGGCUGGUACAGGAAAAACGUUCGUUAUUAGUUUGAUAAUGGAAAUUUACAACAGAUUCGCUGAUAAUGAUGGUUACUGCAAUUCGUAUAUUACGUGUGCCUCAACUGGCAAAGCUGCGGUGGCUAUUGAUGGUACAACCGUCCAUACUGCUUUCCGAAUUUCUCUUUCAAAACUAUUGCCUCUAUCAUCAGAGACGUUGCAAUUGUAUCGAUCUCUCUUCAGAUAUGUCAGAGUACUGAUCAUUGAUGAAAUUAGCAUGAUUAGUGCAGAACUUCUUCAUAAAAUUGAUAAUCGUUUAAAACAAAUCACUGGAAAAAACACGGAUUUUGGAGAUAUAGAUGUUAUUUUGAUUGGAGAUUUACGACAGUUGCCACCGGUAAGAUCCACACCAAUUUACAAGACAAUCAGAACGAGCAUGAUUGGACCACAUCUAUGGAGAAAACUGAAAUUUUAUCAACUUACCACAGUAAUGAGACAAGCUAAUGUUGCAUUUUCCCAAGUUUUGACAAAGAUAGGUAAUGGAGAUCCACUAGAGAAGAAUGAGUUCGAACUUAUUGAAUCGAGAUUUUUCAAAAAAACAGAUGUUGCUGCAUUAUGUCCAAAUGGAGUCCACGUGAUUAUUGGCUCUAAGAAUCAUGAACAAGAAGCUAAUUUUAGAAUUAAAUUACAUAAAAAAUCGGUUAUCGACACUGGUGGACUACCUUAUGAAAUUACUUUUGUGAUAGGAAAGUAUUAUCUUAUCACAACCAACAUCGAUGUGAACGAUGGUUUAUGCAAUGGUUCUGCUGGUAAAUUGGUAUAUCUAGAAUUUGAUGAAAGUUACACCUUGAUUAGAGUUUGGAUGGAAUUUUGUGGUUCAGAUAAAGUUGGUAGAAAAAAAAGACGAAAAGGAGCUGCAUUAGCAUUGCGAAAUAAAGUCAGCAAUCUUGCUGUUCCCAUUGAAUUACGAACAGCGAAUAUUUCAUUAACAUCGGAUAGGAAAGUGGUAGUCAAACGCAAACAUUUUCCAUUAAUUGCAGCUCUCGCUAUGACUAUACAUAAGUCGCAAGGUGGGACUUUUGAAGAAAUAGUAUAUGAGUAUAGUAAAACACAUUCACAAGAACUCGUUUAUGUUGCGCUCUCUCGUGUAACAAAUAUUGAAAAUUUGUAUAUUGUGACAAGUGAUGAUUCUACAUUUAAAUUUUAUCAUAAUCGAAGGCAAGCUACAUCAACCGCUUCAUUGUUGCAAGAAUUUAAAAGACUAUCGUUGAAUUGUGUGCAGACAAAAGCUCUAAGUGUCUUAGAUUUUAUUAGAAAUAGAAAUGGCGUUUCAAUAAUGACUUUCAAUUGCCAAAGUCUUAACAGUCAUAAAUACGAUUUACAAGAUUCCGUAACUAGACAAACGAAUGUAUUACUUUUAAGUGAAACUUGCAUGUCAAAUGAUUAUCCGAUCGACAUACCCAAUUUCAAUUGCAUAGUUCAUUUCAAACGAGAUACUGUUUCAAAAGGUGGGGUAGCCAUUUACCAAAAUAAUAAUAAUGAUACUACCAAUAUUAUGACUCCGAAUAUUGAUAUAAAUGUGGCAAAUGUUGUAGAUGUAAAUGUUAGACACUCAAAUGUUGGAGAUAUUUGUGCGUGCUUAUGCAAACUACAAAAUGGCCUAGAAAUAGUCAUUGUAGUCAUUUACAUUACUCCAAAUCCAAAAUUGGACGAGGUAGAAUAUUUUAUUCAUCGCACUUUACUGGAGUACACUGUAGAAGGGUCAAAAAUACUUGGUGGAAAUUCCCAUAAAUUUCCACUUAUCUUGGCUGGCGAUUUCAACAUCAACUUCGCUGAUAAAAAAUCAGAGAGACUAACGACGUUUCUCUUAGAAAAAUUCAAUUUACGUAUAAAUAAUGAUCCACAAGAAUCUACUACAAAAUAUGUGACCACCAUCGACGCCGUAUUUUCCAGAUAUUUGGAGAAUAUUAAAUCUCAAACUUAUGUUUCAUAUUUUAGUUAUCAUAGGCCUAUAGUUUCUAUGAUACAAAUUCCUGAAUAA